CCAUAUUGAAAGUCAUCCAAACACCUCACAAGAAAUCAGAGGCUUCCUCGACACAAAAGGCUCGAGGGUUUUCAAAAAGAAAACGGAAAGAAGGGGAAACUCCGGUGUCUUUGAAGGAAGGAGCGAUGGAAACGGUCUAGUGGGAGAAAGGGUCACUCGAGCAAGGGAGGAGCAUGGUAAGAGAAAGAAGAGAGAAGAAAGUAGCAGAAGAAAAACAGGAGAGAGGCCGAAUAGCCUGGGUAUAAGAAAUUUUGAAAAAGAAAGGAGGGAGAUCAGGAACAAGCGAGGUUAGGGAGUGCCUUUGCACGGGUUUAGCCAUCUGGAAGCAACCACAAGAAGUGUUCGAGUGUGGCUAUUUGGCUGCUGCAGAAUCAGGUGUACUGGAAUCAAAUAGGGUUAAGGAAUUCAAUUCCUCACUGACCUGAGGAAGUUCGAUCACCUUUCAGGGUUCUGAAUAUCAAGUAUCUACCAUGUCAUCGGGGAAAGAGGCUGAUCCCUCUCUCGGCUACUUGACUCGAAAAGACAUUGAGGUUAAGUUGCCUCGUCCGACUCGGGUCAAGAACAAAACCCCAGCUCCUGUGCAAAUCACAGCCGAGCAAAUCCUUCGGGAGGCACGCGAGCGGCAGGAGGCAGAAAUCCGUCCCCCCAAGCAGAAGAUCACUGAUUCCACCGAGCUUGCUGAUUAUAGGAUCCGCAAGCGGAAAGAGUUUGAGGACCAUAUUCGUCGUGCGCGGUGGAGCACUAGCGUCUGGGUUAAGUACGCACAAUGGGAGGAGUCCCAGAAGGAUUUCAACCGUGCUCGCUCUGUCUGGGAACGAGCCUUGGAGGUGGACUACCGGAACCAUACCCUCUGGUUGAAGUACGCGGAGGUGGAGAUGAGGAACAAGUUCAUAAACCACGCCAGGAACGUUUGGGACAGGGCAGUGACAUUGCUUCCCAGGGUGGACCAGCUAUGGUACAAGUACAUACACAUGGAGGAGAUGCUAGGUAAUGUAGCUGGUGCUAGGCAGAUCUUUGAGCGGUGGAUGAAUUGGUCCCCAGACCAGCAAGGUUGGUUGUCGUACAUCAAGUUUGAGCUUCGGUACAAUGAGGUGGAUCGUGCUAGAGGUAUCUUUGAGCGGUUCAUACAAUGCCAUCCCAAGGUUUCGGCGUGGAUACGGUAUGCUAAAUUUGAGAUGAAGAAUGGAGAGGUGGCUCGGGCAAGGAGCGUGUAUGAACAUGCUGUGGAGAAGCUGGCAGAGGACGAGGAGGCGGAACAGUUGUUUGUGGCGUUUGCUGAGUUCGAGGAGAGGUGCAAAGAGGUAGAGAGGGCAAGGUGCAUUUAUAAGUUUGCUUUGGAUCACAUUCCCAAAGGGAGAGCAGAGGAUUUGUAUAAGAAGUUCAUGACUUUUGAGAAGCAGUAUGGGGAUAAAGAGGGGAUUGAGGAUGCCAUUGUGGGUAAGAGAAGGUUUCAGUAUGAGGACGAGGUAAGGAAGAAUCCUUUGAAUUAUGAUUCUUGGUUUGAUUAUAUUAGGUUGGAAGAAAGUGUGGGAAAUAAGGAAAGGAUUAGAGAAGUUUAUGAGAGAGCCAUUGCCAAUGUACCACCUGCUGAGGAGAAGCGGUACUGGCAGAGAUACAUUUACUUGUGGAUUAAUUAUGCGCUGUAUGAAGAGCUUGAUGCAGAAGAUAUGGAGCGCACCAGAGAUGUUUAUAGAGAGUGUCUUAAGCUGAUUCCUCAUGAGAAAUUCUCAUUUGCAAAAAUAUGGCUUUUAGCUGCACAAUUUGAAAUACGACAGUUAAACAUCAAGGGUGCUCGUCAAAUUUUGGGAACUGCCAUUGGCAAGGCUCCUAAGGAUAAGAUAUUUAAGAAGUAUAUAGAAAUCGAGCUACAACUUGGUAAUAUGGAUCGUUGUAGGAAACUCUAUGAGAAAUAUCUGGAGUGGUCACCUGAAAAUUGCUAUGCUUGGAGCAAAUAUGCUGAGCUAGAGAGAUCCCUCUGUGAAAUGGAGCGAGCUAGAGCUAUUUUUGAGCUCGCUAUUGCCCAACCGGCCUUGGACAUGCCAGAGUUGUUAUGGAAGGCAUACAUUGAUUUUGAAAUAGCAGAAGGGGAAUUUGGGAGGACGAAGGCUCUCUACGAGAGACUGUUGGAUAGAACAAAGCAUCUCAAAGUGUGGAUCAGUUAUGCAAAAUUUGAGGCAUCUGCGGUGGAUUAUGACAGCAGUAAUUCAGGCCUAACAGAAGAUGAGGUCCAAAUACGAAAGAAGGAAUGUAUUGAGCAUGCAAGAGAGAUUUUUGAAAGAGCCAACCAAUAUUUCAAGGACUCUGCAUCUGAGUUGAAGGAAGAAAGAGCUAUGCUUCUAGAAGAGUGGUUGAACAUCGAGAGCAGUUUUGGCGAGCUUGGAGAUGUUGGCAUAGUCCAGUCCAAGUUGCCAAAGAAACUGAAAAAGAAGAGGCAGAUUACUAGCGAAGAUGGUUUAUCUGGGUACGAGGAAUACAUCGACUAUUUAUUUCCUGAGGAAUCUCAGGCUACAAAUCUCAAGAUUCUAGAAGCUGCAUACAAAUGGAAGAAGCAGAAAAUUGCUACUGAUGAAGAAUAGCUGGAUUCUGACUGUUCUGUUCCGUGUACUUCUCUCUAGAGUGAUCAAAAGUCCAAGGAUUUGUUACCUGGAAUGCAAAUAUUUGGAACAGUGAAAAUUUGCUUUAGGAACUGUUGAAAAAAAAAGUUAGCUUGGUAGUGACGAAAGAAGAUUAAAGCUAAAAGCUUCUUCUGCUAGAGUUUGAAGAAAUUUGUUUGUAAAUUGAGAUGGUAGAUGAUUCAAAAGGUCUGCCAAGAUAUUGAUAACUUGUAAUAUUACUUUCUCUUGCGCCUGUCGUAUCUAAUAUUACAUUUUAAAUAAUCACUCUGUAAUACUUAUGUUGCAUCAUUCAUACUA